AUGUUUAAGGGUUAUUUGGGACAUCAUUUAUUAUAUCAUCGAAAUAAUGCCACAACAUUACCAACAAAUGUUGAGGAUCAAGUAGAACUUGAUGAAGAUGGGGAUCGAUUUUAUGAAUAUUCAUCAAAUAUUUCAUCUUUGAAAUCAAAUUUAAUGGAUUCGUUGAAAAUAUCACAAGAUUAUCUUGUUGCAACAUUGACAAGUCUUCUUACAUUUAAAUAUUAUUCAAAUGAAUCACUUACUUUAAAAGUCUCUUGA